CCACGUCAGGCGUCUCCCUUUGUCUCUCACGGCCGAACUUCCCUGCUGGCUGAGGGGAGGCGGCGGCGCCGCGCCGAGGGAGCCGAGGACGACCGAGCCCCGAGCUGGUUCUCGGCGUUCCCGGCCCUGCUCGCACGGAGCCUGCCCCUCACGCCCCCUCACCGCCCCUCCCGCCCCCCGCGGCGAGGCCUGAAGCGGCGGACACGCUGCCCCGGCGGCGGCGAGGCGGGCUCCGGGCCGCACUGCGCAUGCCCGGCCGGCAUGGCCGGCGGAGGCGGCGGGGCCCCGGCGCGCGGCGCUAAUUCCUAAUUGUCCUCCCGCUGCUGCAGGGAGGCGGCGGCAGCGCGCGGCAUCCCGGGCGGCGGAGCCGCGGCGCACCCCCGGCCCCCGGAGGAGCGGCGGGGGCUCGGCGACCCGGACCCCGUGGAAGCUUCGAGAAAGAGCAGCGCGGGCCGGUCCCACAGCCCUGCGGAGCGGCCGCGGGGAGCCGGAGCAGCACGCGGGCCGGGCCGUGGGGCGGCGAGGCCGCGGAGAGGAAAGUGCAAUGGCGAGGAAUUUAUCUGUAAUCUUGAUCCUGAUCUUUGCCUUGUCAGUCACAAAUCCCCUUCAUGAAGUAGAACCAGCAACUGCUUUUCCUACCACUGAGAACGUUAUUUCAAAUUGGGAGUCCAGCGUUAAUGUUGAUUUGGCAGUUACAACACGGCGAUACCAUCUACAGCAGCUAUUCCAUCGCUAUGGAGAGAAUAAUUCCUUAUCAGUUGAAGGGUUCAGAAAAUUGCUUCAGAAUAUAGGCAUAGAUAAAAUCAAGAGGAUCCAUAUACGCCAUGAUCAUGAUCAUCACUCUGACCAUGAUCAUCACUCUGACCAUGAUCAUCACUCUGACCAUGAUCAUCACUCUGACCAUGAUCAUCACUCUGACCAUGAUCAUCACUCUGACCAUGAUCAUCACUCUGACCAUGAUCAUCACUCUCAUCGUAAUCAUGCUGCUUCCAGUAAGAAUCACCGCAAGACUCUUUGCCCAGAUUCUGAUAGUUCAGGUAAAGACCCCAAAUCUAGCCAGGGAAAAGGAUCUCACCGAUCAGAACGUACCAAUAAUAGACGGAAUGUCUUAACCAAGGAUGGAAUUGGUGGUAGUAAAGUGACCUCAACUGUAGAUAAUGUUAUCUCUGAAGGAACUCACUUUCUAGAGACAAUUGAAACUCCAAAGCCUGGGAAACUUUCACCCAAAGAUGUGAGCAGUUCCACGCCACCCAGUAUCACAGAAAAAAGCCAGGUGAUUCGACUGGCUAGUAAAAUAACAAAUGAAUCUAUGAAUGAACCCCGAAAAGGUUUUAUGUAUUCCAGAAACACAAAUGAAAACUCACAGGAGUGUUUCAACGCAUCGAAACUGCUUACUUCUCAUGGCAUUGGCAUCCAGGUUCUGCUGAAUGCAACACAGUUCAGCUAUCUCUGCCCAGCCAUCAUCAACCAAAUUGAUGCUAGAUCCUGUCUGAUUCACACGAGUAGUGAAAAAAAAACUGAAGUCCCUCCAAAGACCCAUUCUUUACAAAUAGCCUGGGUUGGUGGCUUUAUAGCCAUUUCCAUCAUCAGUUUCCUGUCUUUGCUGGGUGUUAUCUUAGUGCCUCUUAUGAAUCGAGUGUUUUUCAAAUUUCUCCUAAGUUUUCUUGUGGCAUUAGCUGUUGGAACACUGAGUGGUGAUGCUUUUUUACAUCUACUUCCUCAUUCUCAUGCAAGCCACCACCAUAGUCACAACCAUGAAGAGACAGCAAUAGAAAUGAAGAGGGGACCGCUUUUCAGUCACCUGUCUUCUCAAGACCUCGAGGAAAAUGCCUAUUUUGAUUCCACCUGGAAGGGUCUGACAGCUCUUGGAGGCUUGUACUUCAUGUUUCUUGUUGAACAUGUCCUCACAUUGAUCAAGCAGUUUAAAGAUAAGAAGAAAAAGAAUCAGAAAAAACCUGAAAGUGAUGAUGAUGUGGAGAUUAAGAAGCAGUUGUCCAAGUAUGAAUCUCAACUUUCAACAAAUGAGGAGAAAGUGGAUACAGAUGAUCGAUCAGAAGGCUAUUUACGAACAGACUCUCAAGAGCCCUCCAACUUUGAUUCUCAACAGCCAACAGUGUUGGAAGAAGAGGAGGUCAUGAUAGCUCAUGCUCAUCCACAAGAAGUCUACAAUGAAUAUGUGCCCAGAGGGUGCAAGAAUAAAUGCCACUCUCACUUCCACGAUACACUCGGCCAGUCCGAUGACCUUAUUCACCACCACCAUGACUACCACCACAUUCUGCACCACCACCACCACCAGAAUCACCAUCCCCACAGUCACAGCCAGCGCUACUCUAGGGAAGAGCUGAAAGAUGCUGGCAUCGCGACUUUGGCAUGGAUGGUGAUAAUGGGCGAUGGACUGCACAACUUCAGUGAUGGCCUCGCAAUUGGGGCUGCUUUUACUGAAGGUUUAUCAAGUGGUCUAAGUACUUCCGUUGCUGUGUUUUGUCAUGAAUUGCCUCAUGAAUUAGGUGACUUUGCUGUUUUACUCAAGGCGGGCAUGACUGUUAAGCAGGCCGUUCUUUACAAUGCUUUAUCAGCCAUGUUGGCAUAUCUUGGAAUGGCAACAGGAAUUUUCAUUGGCCAUUAUGCUGAAAAUGUUUCCAUGUGGAUUUUUGCACUUACUGCUGGCUUGUUCAUGUAUGUUGCUCUGGUUGAUAUGGUACCUGAGAUGCUGCACAAUGAUGCUAGUGACCAUGGAUGUAGCCGCUGGGGAUAUUUCUUUUUACAGAAUGCUGGGAUACUUUUAGGUUUUGGAAUUAUGUUGCUUAUUUCCAUAUUCGAACAUAAAAUUGUGUUUCGUAUAAAUUUCUAACUAGGUUAUAAAUACUAGAGUAGCUCAAAAAAUGUCUGUAGUUUGAAUAGGUCAUAGGGAGAUCAGAGUUUGUAUGCUGGGAUCAACAGCAUUUUAAGGUUAGUUUUGUGGCUUUUAUAUGAAUAUUGUUGUUUAUUGUGCUUAUAAGUUCAGUUAUGGAGGUAACAUAAAGGUACAUUUAAAUAUUUAAGUUAUUCUGUUUUGGGAAUAUAAGCUAUAUGUGCAUUUUACCAAUAUUACCAGUUUAUUGUAUAAACAAGAGAUUUGGCGUGUAUUCUGUAUAUUUUAGGGGAAAAUCUUCAGUGUUUUAUCUAGAACUAAUGUAAUACAGUUAAUCCCCAACACUGGAUUUUAGGCCUCUGAACAAUUGCUGAUGUUUCAGAAUGUGCAAGUCCAGGAUGCCAAUAAAGCUAUACUAAAUUUAACCUAUGAAAUAGAAAAAAAGAAGAGUCGGUAAGAAUUAAGAAGGCAUAGAUUUCUUUUUAAAGAAUCAUAAAACUGGUUAUAAAAUAGGAAAGAUUUAGAUUUAAAAGGGCAAUAUUAGUGUAGAACGAAUCCUGAACAUUUUUGUCCAAGUUUUAAUGUUCUUGUAAGACCACAGUGAACAUUUUUUACUAAUUUAGUUGUACAUUUAGCUUUGUAUAAUAGAGAGGUCUAAGUAUAUUUAAUAAAUUCAUCAAUAUAUCACAACCGAGAAAUUUAAAUUCUAAAAUAUUUGCUGGUGUGCCAGAUGAAUAUGAAUAAGUUAAUGUAUUGCUAGAUGAUUUGGAUAUUGGAUAAUCUGAUCUAUCAGAUGUCCAUACAUUAGUACUUUGGGAUAUAAAGAGAUAUUAACACGAUACUGAAUAUAAUUUGAUUUCUUGAGUUUCGGAAAGUACUUUGGUAUCUUUCAGUGGUUCAGUGUUGUCGUUAUGGUUGUCAUUUUUAGUACUUUAGACAUACUAGCGCUGUCCAUGGUAUUCUCUCAGUGUUGUUUUUCUACCAAAUAAAUUCCCAUUUGUCAACUUAA